AUGCACCUACAGAAUAUGAGGACAAUGUGCAACAUUUCCUUCUGCAAUGUGGACUCAAAGAUCGACCAGUACUUCCAGCCUACGCUCUACAUCAUUGUCAUCGUCCUGGGCCUGCCCACCAACUGCAUGGCUCUGUGGGCAGCUUACUUGCAGGUGAAGCAGAAAAACGAGCUGGGCAUCUACUUGAUCAACCUCUCCAUGGCUGACCUCCUCUACAUCGGCACCCUGCCCCUAUGGAUCGACUACUUCCUCCAGCACGACGACUGGAUUCACGGCCAGAAUUCCUGCAAGCUCUUCGGCUUCAUCUUCUACACCAACAUCUACGUCAGCAUCGCCUUCCUCUGCUGCAUCUCCAUUGACCGAUACCUGGCCGUGGCCUACCCGCUCAAGUUCGCCAAGGUCCGGCGGGUCAAAACCGCCGUGCUGGUCAGUUCCAUGGUGUGGACCAUCGAGAUAGUGGCAAACUCUGCGCCCCUCUUCCACGACGAGCUCUUCCAGGACCGUUUCAACCACACCUUCUGCUUCGAGAAGUACCCCAUGCAGGACUGGGUGGCUGGCAUGAACCUUUACCGGACCUUUCUGGGUUUCCUGGUGCCAUGGCUGCUCAUGCUGGGUGCGUACCGGGGAAUUCUGCGGGCGGUGCACGGCAAUGUGUCCACGGAGUGCCACGAGAAGGCCAAGAUCAAGCGCCUGGCGCUGAGCCUAAUCCUGAUCGUAUUGCUGUGCUUCGGGCCAUACCAUGUGCUCCUGCUGUGUCGCAGCAUCCUCUUCCUCCAGAAGCCCUGCGACUGUGGCGUAGAGGAGGACCUGUUUGAAGCCUACCACGUGGCGCUGGCCCUCACCAGCCUGAACUGUGUGGCUGACCCCAUCCUCUACUGUUUUGUUAACGAGGGCGCACGACAUGAUGUUGGUCACGCGCUCACCACCCUGCUUGGGUUCUUUAAGCGGAACUCGCCCUCGCCAGCUGACGCAAUGACAGCUGGAUCUGUCACCUUGGAGACACCACUGUCCAGCAAAAAGCAGCUGGGCCUGUACAGCGAGGUCAAGGCCAGCACCUACAAGACAGCGCUGGUGGCCCUCAAAGUGCCUUCAGAUGACCAUACUCAGUGUUAA